AUGUGCCCAACUGUGCAGGCUGAUGGUCGGGUGAUGGGUCGCCGUUUUGUGCUAACAUUGGUGAUUGGAAUAUCCGCUGGAUUUAGUGUUGCAUACAUAUUUCUAACCUCAACUGGAUACCCUCGAGAUGUAGUAUGGUCAACAUACAGGGAUUCCGUAAGAGAUUUCGACAAGCAUCCAAUAUCGGCCAUCAUAGAACACGGAAGCGAUGAGCCAGCGCACAGGGAUGAGGACAGGUCGGUGGCCGACGAGCUGGCGAAGCGAGUCAGGGUCCUCUGUUGGAUCAUGACCCAGCCGAACAACCAUGAGAAGAAGGCUAAGCAUGUGAAAGCGACGUGGGGAAAGAGAUGCAAUAAGUUGAUAUUUAUGAGUUCAACUGAGGACCCAGCGCUGCCCUCUAUUAAACUUCCAGUGCAUGAAGGAAGGGAUUACCUCUGGGCUAAAACGAAGGAGGCAUUCCGUUAUGUUUACGAACACCAUCGACGGGACGCGGACUGGUUCCUCAAGGCUGAUGAUGAUACAUAUGUGGUGAUGGAGAACUUGAGGUACAUGCUCGCAGACUACGACACCAACGAGCCUAUAUACUUCGGGUGCCGUUUCAAACCCUUCACUCCACAGGGUUAUAUGAGCGGUGGUGCUGGCUACGUGCUGAGUCGGGAGGCGCUCGAUAGAUUCGUGAACAAGGCGCUACCCUCGCCGCAUUUAUGCAAAGCUAGCGAUCACGGUGCAGAAGAUGCUGAGAUGGGAAAAUGUUUAGACAAGAUUGGCGUAAAGGCAAUGGACUCCCGAGAUACGUUGCAGCGGGGUAGAUUCUUCCCUUUUGUACCGAGGGACCAUUUGUUCCCUAACAAGGACAAAGGGUUCUGGUACUGGCAGUAUAUAUACUACCCAAGUGACGAGGGAUUGGACUGCUGUUCAGAUCACGCGGUAUCAUUCCACUACGUGAGUCCAGAGGAAAUGUACGUGAUGGACUAUCUCAUAUACCAUCUGCGGCCGUACGGUAUCAAAUACGGUGGCGGUGAGUUGCCGAAGAUACUCAAAAAUUAUACUAAAGAUAUUAAUGUUACAUAGUAAUAACAGAAGAAAUAUAUUCUGUAACUUGGUUCCAAUGUUGGCGCCAAUAUUGCCAUUCCAUGUAGAUAUAAUUAAAAAUGAUAUAUUAAUUGAUACAAACUUUUCCUACGUUUUGUUUCAAUUAAUAUGUAUUUGGAAACCAAAAAUGAUACUAAGGACAUUAAAGUCCUAUAGUAAUUAGAUAUUAAUAUAUUCCAUAACUUUGUUCCAAUAUUGGCGCCAAUAUUGCCCUUCCAUGGUAGGUGUUAAUAUAUAUAAUAAAUAAUAUAUUAAUUGAAACAAAACUUUACCUACGUCUUAUUUCAAUUAAUAUAUUUACAUUUUGUACCAAAAAUUAUACUAAGGAGGACAUUAAUGUCACAUAGUAAUUAGAUAACAUAUUCCAUAACUUGGUUCCAAUGUUGGCGCCAAUGUUGAUAUGUAUAUAUAUACAGGUGUUUAUAUGGAUCGUUAAAAAUGAUAUAUUAAUUUAAACAAAACGUAGGAAUUUAAUACAAUAGUAAAAUAUUAUUUUACUAAGUAAACAACAACGCUUCUAAAUCGUGUAUACAUAAAUGUAUUAUAUACACCUGAUAACAUCUGGCGCUGUUAAUGUCAUGGCAUCACCAUAUUUUAUUUCAAUAGAGUAAAAAAUAAAUAAAAAAGGUUUUAUGAAAACUAAUACAAACACUAAAUUAAAUUUUAAAAUCCAUUUAUUGAUCAUUUUCAUCGAAGUCUUUGGAAAAGAGUAUAUUUUACAACAUUCCGAAUGCUAUUCCAAUAUAAAACUAUUUCUCAAUCGUUAAUUAUUAUCCUUACUAAUGUUAUAAAUGCGAAAGUAACUCUGUCUGUCUGUCUCGCUUUCAUGCCAAAACGACUGCGCCGAUUUAAAUUACAUUUAGUACACAGUCUAG